UCUCUCUCUUUCUCUCUCCUAGUCAUAAAGGAUAUAAAAAUGGCGCUUAAAAUUUUUACUACGACGCAGAUUUUCCAAAUCGAUUUAGAUUGUUUGGAUCGAUUUACAUCAUGUAUAUAUUAAUGAAUAAUAUAUAUUCACUAUUAUAUAUAUAUUAAUAAACAAUUUGUAUCUUAGUUUUUAAUACUUUUUUCAUUGCAAGAGUGAAAAUUAAAUAAAAAAUUAUAGUGUAAUUUAUGAUACAGUACGAACUGAUAUAAUCGAACGAAUACUAAUGAUGAGAUAUAAAACUAUGAGAUUUAUUUUAGAAAGUUCAUCUAUAUAAAAUGUUAAUUAACAUUAUCCAAUAACUAAAAAAAUUAACCUAUUUAUAUAUGUAAUAUAUAACGUAAUAUCGACGACGUCAAUCAUACCAACCAAUUUUUCGUCUUAGAGAGACCAACGUACCAACUACAUAAUUAACUUUUCGUGACAGGCUGACCAAUAUUAUAGUUCGUAAUAAAAAAUGAAGAAAAGAAAAAAAGGUACGGGUGCAUUCUAAAAUUGCAAAUUUUCAUUUUACGCAUAAUAGUCAAAUACUGCAAUGAUUUUUCUUUGAAUAAAAAAUCGAUCGCAAUCUCUAUAUUUUCGAGUCAAUAUUCGAAUCGAGUAAAAAUAUCGAACAUUGUGACAUAAGAUCGAUCUUCGACAGAUCGAUUUAGAAAUCGACUCUCAAUUUUUUUUUUAAUUGCGAAACGUAUGGAGGAAACGAAAGAGCCAGAUCGUGGACCAAUCGUGAGAUUCGAAUCUGUGGAGUGAUUAAGAUAGUAAAGGCGUGAAAAUAAAAAACUGUCAUUGUAAAAAAAAAGUAACGCGUCGAGAAAAUAACAUAAGAGUUAUAAUCUUUGUGACGAGUGUAAAAAGAGACAGAGCAGAGGCAGAGAGAGAGAGAGAGAGAGAGAGAGAGAGAGAGAGAGAGAGAGAGAGAGAGAGAGAGAGAGAGAGAGAGAGAGAAAGAGAGAGAGGGAUAGAGAGAGAGAGAGAGAGAGAGAGAGAGAGAGAGAGAGAGAGAGAGUAAGUAAGUAAGUGAGGAUUGUGACUAACGUUUCGACUAAUAGUAAGAGGAAAGUCUAAAUCGCGAAGGAAGAAGUUUUAAUGGCACUCAGGAUAUCGAACGGACGAGAAGAAGCUUUACAAUCGCAUAUAAUUCAUUCGUUUGAUUUUUUUCGAUCAGUGAUUUUAUUCUCCCGUAAUUUUCUUAUACUUGAGGAAAAGGAGUUGGUCAUCGGAGUACCGACAACGAUAACGCCGACGAAGAGGAAGACGAAGAAGAGGAGGAGGAAGACGACGACGACGAUAACGACGACGACGAGGACGAAGACGAAGACGAAGAAGACGACGACGACGACGACGUCGACGUCAACGUCAAUUUCAACGUCAACGUCAACGUCAACGUCAACCACUCUCUCGAUACCGUUUCUGUUAUGUGUGAGAGCGAAGGAAGCCGAGCGUUUAUAACUCUACUACGGUGCUCGUGGCGGUGACAAAGAGAAAAGGAGGAGGUGACACAAGGAAGGAGAAGGAAGCGAAGGAUAGGUUUAUAUUAAAGGAAGAGAAGGACAGAGCGAAGGAUAGGCUUAUUUAAGGGAAGCGAAGGAGAGAGAGAGAGAGGGAGAGGGUCAGAAUAAGACGAGAAAAAGAGUGAGAUAUAAAGUAGACGAGAGAAAGAGAAAGAGAAAGAGAGAGAGAGCGCGCGCGCAAGAGUGAGACGGACAGACGGAUAGAGCAAACGAGAAAAAAAGAAAAAGAGAGAAAGAGAGAAAGAAAGAGAGAAAAGCUCUGAGGACGAAGACACGCAUUUUAAACGGUAUAUUUUUUUUCACGGCAGAUCAUCUUUACCGUGUGAACAAGUACAUCGAUAUUUACAUCUCUAGCGUGCUGUUAAUAAUCUCCAUCUUUCUUCUCUACGAAGAGAGAGAAAGAGAGAGAGAUACAUAUAUACACACGCAUACAUACGUUGCUUUCCUUCUUUCUCUUCCUUAUUCGUUCGAGAUUCUUCGACAUUCGGGAUAUCGUCGUUACGAGAAGACGCGCGCGAGUGUCGAUUAUUAUCCUUCUUUCGAGAGGUCGGUGAUAUUAUAACCUUGGUUCGUCGCGAGCAUCGCGACACAACAUACAAAUUGUUUCGCUCUCUUCGAUACGUCUCGAUCGAAGAGAGAUUUGACACUUUUGUUCCGAUCGAAGAGAUUUUCGCGCGGCUCGUCUUUUCUUCUAUUAUUAUUAUUAUUUUUAUUUUCUUAUUUUCAUCGAGGACUAUUUACGCUUUGUAACGUAUAAUAAUUUCUUCGCGAUGUUUACGGGUACGAUGAAGAUCGAAAUAUGCGAAGCCGUCGGACUCAGAGCGACCGACAAACAGAGAAAGUUUUGGCAGGACGAACCGAUACUCGAUCCUUACGUUCAACUCGACGUAGACGAGAAUCAUCUUGAUCGAUCCACAACCAAAUCCAAAACUUCCGAUCCUGUUUGGAACGAAUCGUUCACCCACGAGGUUCAGGAUGCUGUCAUGCUUGGAUUAACCGUCUUCCACGAUGCGGCCUUACCGCCUGAUUAUUUCGUUGCCAAUUGCAGCAUCCCAUUCGAAGAACUUGUUAGCAGGAACGAUAAGACCGCUGAUUUUUGGGUUGACCUCGAACCUCAAGGAAAAUUGCGAGUGAGGAUAGAUUUGAAAUGGAAUGAUUCAGAUCAUCAAACCAGUUGUCGCAGUGGGGUGGAUGGAGAAUCUAUCGGUAUUGGUAGAAGUAUCGGAAGUAUUAGUUCGGGGAAAGAACCUAGGAGGGAAUUCAAAGAAUGGCAAGGAUUCAAUCGUCGGAGAGGUGCUAUGAGGCGCCGUGUUCACCAAGUGAAUGGUCAUAAAUUUAUGGCUACAUUUUUAAGGCAACCAACAUUCUGCUCUCACUGCCGCGAGUUUAUAUGGGGCUUGGGCAAGCAGGGCUAUCAGUGUCAAGUUUGCACUUGCGUAGUUCACAAGCGAUGUCAUAAAUUGGUGAUAACAAAAUGUCCUGGAAUGAGAGACGAGGGCAAAGGAACUGGAUUGCAAUCACAUCAAGAUACAGAAAGUCCACGCUUCAGCAUAGAUGUACCACAUCGGUUCUUUGUCCGUACAUAUAAGAGGUUUACAUUCUGCGAUCAUUGCGGUUCUUUGUUAUACGGAUUAUAUAGGCAAGGUUUACAAUGCGAAGCUUGUAAUAUUAAUGUUCAUAAAAGAUGCCACAAAAACGUGGCCAACAAUUGCGGUACAAACACAAAAGCAAUGGCAGAAAUUUUAAGUGAAAUGAAUAUUUCUCCGGAUAAGCAAAUCAAAACGCCAAGAAUUAAUUUUACAACUUGUCAACCAAGCCAAACACCUCCUACCGUUGCUAUAACCGAAUCAUUAACAACGGAAGCGUCCCAGGCAGCAGUCCAAAGACAGUUGGAGGAAAGUGUAGUAGGAAUUAAGCAAAAUGCAGUGUCUGUUAGUGAAAAUGAAGUGAGAAAGUUUGGUCUAGAAGACUUUAACUUUAUCAAAGUACUUGGAAAGGGUAGCUUUGGUAAAGUUAUGUUGGUAGAACGGAAGAGUAAUCCCGACGAAGUUUAUGCUGUAAAAAUAUUAAAAAAAGAUGUGAUUAUACAAGACGACGACGUCGAUUGUACGAUGACAGAAAAACGUAUUCUGACAUUAGCGGCGAAACAUCCAUUUUUGACAGCUAUUCAUAGUUGUUUCCAAACGAACGAUCGUCUCUUCUUUGUAAUGGAAUAUGUAAACGGAGGCGAUUUGAUGUUUCAUAUUCAAAAAGCUCGUAAAUUCGACGAGGCAAGGGCACGUUUUUAUGCGGCCGAGGUAACGCUAGCGUUACAAUUUUUACACAAAUAUCACGUCAUAUAUCGUGAUCUUAAACUCGAUAAUAUUCUUCUCGAUCAAGAAGGUCAUUGUAAACUCGCAGAUUUUGGUAUGUGUAAGGAAGGAAUCGUCGAAGGUAAAACUACGACUUCGACGUUUUGUGGUACACCCGAUUAUAUAGCACCAGAGAUUUUGCAAGAGUUAGAAUAUGGUGCCAGUGUCGAUUGGUGGGCACUUGGUGUAUUAAUGUACGAGAUGAUGGCUGGCCAACCUCCUUUCGAAGCAGAUAACGAAGACGAUUUAUUUGAAUCUAUUUUACGAGAUGACGUAUUAUAUCCAAUUUGGAUAUCGAAAGAAGCGGUUUCGAUAUUAAAAGGAUUCAUGACGAAGAAUCCAGCUAAACGAUUAGGUUGCGUGGCUGCUAAUGGAGGUGAAGCUGCUAUAAAGGUUCAUCCAUUUUUUCAACACAUGGAUUGGGAAGCUUUAGAAGCUCGUAGAGUUAAACCACCAAUUAAACCAAAAGUUCAGAGUAAAAAGGACGCAUUAAACUUCGAUGCCGAGUUCACAAGGGAAGAUCCUGAAUUGACACCUGAAGAUCCAGAAGUGGUCAGUUACAUCAAUCAAGAAGAGUUCCAAGGCUUCUCUUUUGUCAAUAAGGACUUUAAUCCGGCAAGAUUUGGGACACAAUAGGAGACGAGAAUUGAUCGAAAGAAACAAAACACAAGGAUGCUUUUAUCGUAAGGUUUCUUCUUCCUUUAAUUAGUUUGGUUUGUCGAGAACAAAGACAUCAAACUUUAUUAGAAUUCCUAUACGAUUGAGCAUUCUAAGAUCACACAGUAUUUCCUUUAAUAAUUUAUCUUCUUACGAAGGUAUAUCUUGUGGGGUGUCAUACGAUCAAAAAGUUAUUCAAGCUCAUGAUCGACGUGGAUCAUGGAAGGAUCAUUCCAAAUAAGAUCCUCUAAAGACGACACAUAUUGACUUACAAGAAGAUUACGUGUAUUUUGGUCUCUCGAUAUCAUCAUAUUGAUUGGUAAAAGAGUCACAGGUGUUCUUCGUACUCUUUCAUUACGAAAGAUUCAAACGAGUUGGAGUUUGAUAUAUGCUUUAAAAAAGAAAGGAAAGCGAAAAGAGAGAGGAAGUAAGA